UCAAAUAACCCAAGUAGCAAUUCCUCAAUCCCAAAGGAGGGAAAAGCAGAGGUUCAUGAGCUUAUCUCCACCCCAAAAAGAAUUUCCAAACUUGAAAAUUAGGAAGAGCAAGCGGCUCAAGGAAAUUGAUGUUCAGAAGUGGAUUAAAUAAGAGAAUUAGCAACAGAAAAGUUAGUGACAAUGAAAGUACCCUCAUGAAUGAUGAAAGUUCAGUAGAAGAUCUCCGCAGCUGGAGAACAAAGAGUAAAGAAUCCAUACAGACCAAGACUAGCCUUAACCAAAGCAAGGAGUUCAAACAAACUUCAAAUGGGAAAGUUGAGAUCGAGACUUUCAAAAUGGAGAUCAAAACUUACCUAAAUUGCACUCACAAAAAGCUAAUGUUUGCUGAUCUUAGCAAGAUGAAGAACGGAGAUGAGGAGUAUCUACAAAGUUUGAAAUCCAAAAUGCAGAGCAGGAGAGGAGUAUUAUCACCAGGAGUAUACAGGCCUUCCAAGCUUCUAAAACUGGAGAAACGGAAGUACUCCAAAGACUCCAUCACCUCUGGAUCUCCCAAAAUUUGUUCUCCAAUUUACAGCACAAAUAUUCAACAGAGAAAGGAGCUCCUCUGAAAGAAGAAUCCCAAUAUUAAGAAGUUUUUCCCUGCAAAGAAAGUAUUUCAGAAAAGAGAUCACUUCUCGAACCAGGCCAGAUCUCCUCAGGUUGGCAAAUAUCAGAAGCAAAAGAGAUUCUUCAAGGAUAACAAUGGGUUCUUCAAAAACCUUAAAUUCAAGAAGGUGAACCCCACCUCUAAACGUCUGAAUCAGUUCCAAGUUGAAAGCCUUAAGAAGGAAUUUGAAGGAGGAAUAAAGACUCCAAAGAAAAUUGGUUCAAAAAUACCUGAUAAAAGGAUGAAAUCCUACCUAAAAGCAAUUCUCCCUGAGCUUCCCACAGAUAGAGAGGAAAAAGCCAAGCAGAGGCCAAACAUUGUAGUUGAAGAGAACUAAGAGACCACGUAUAAUUUGGACUUCUUUGCCAUUACAGCUAUAAUUAUAUUACCAUGAGUAAAUAA